GCUCCGGAUGUCCCGGGUCAAGGAGGAUGAAGAUUACUGGAACACCUCCAAGUGUAAGGCGUUCACCUUUGAUGAUCACGAUGAGGACGGACUGUCUCAGCUGAAAGAAUCGAAGCGCGCUGUGAACAGCCUGAAAGCCUUCGUGGAGGAAGAUGACGAGGACUGGGAGAGGUUCACCUGGAGCGGGGAGCCGGUGGGGAGUAUCUCUUGGUCUAUAAAGGAGACGUCCUCCAGCAGCCGGGGACUGGACACAAGGACUCCGGGGACAGAGAAGUCUCGGCCUGAGCCGUCCUCCUACCUCCCCAAGCCGGUGUCCUCCUAUUCCAUCGGCAGCCUCUUUAAAGGAAAGUCCCGGCAGAGCAGCUUCCAGUCCUUGUCUGACGUAUUCCAGGACUACAAUGGGGAAUGGAGCGUUGAGGACACAGUGCGGAGGAUGAGCAGAGGAAAGGUCUGCUCCCUGGAGAGGUUCCGCUCACUCAAGGACAAGCUGCAACUUCUGGAUGAAGCCGUCCGACUCCACGAUGGAAAUGUCAUCACUGCUGUAAGUAGAAGGCGGGUCUCGUCUGCAUUUUAUAGAGGAAGGAGCGUACUGACGUCUUUGUCUCUGUUCGGCGCAGAGAUUCUGUUCCGGGAGGUGAAGGAGAGACCGGAGACUCUGCGACAUUUCAUUCACUUCCUGAAGGAGACGGAAGAGCAGCAGCUGCUCCUGGAGCUCCUCAGUGGGCGGAGACUUCCUCACCUGUGUCUGUUCCUCCGCAGCCUCCCCUUCUCCCCGGACGAUGCGGCUCACGUACAGGACCAUUACACCCUCCUGGAGAGACAGAUCAUCAUCGAGGUGAAUGAUAAACACUUGGAGGCCUCUGGACAGGAAAUCUUCCGCAGACACCCCAGGAAAGCGUCUCUGCUCUUCAUGCCGCUGGUCACCACCCUGUUCUAUUCCUGUAUCUACCACUACACCGAGGCACAGGGAACCUUCAGCAGUCCUUCUAAUCUCCGGAAGACCUUCAAGGUCCCAGAGAAGCUGUAUAUUCUCACCGCGCUGGCCGCACGUGCCAAGCUGCGGGCGUGGAAUGACGUGGACGCGCUUUUCACCUCGAAGAACUGGUUGGGUUACACCAAGAAGAAAGCGCCAAUCGGCUUUCACAGAGUGGUGGAGAUUUUACACAAGAAUGGGGCCCCGGUACAGAUCCUCCAGGAAUACACGCGGCUGGUGGAGGACGUGGAAACCAGAAUAUCGCUGGGGACGAAGUACAAGUGCCACCAUGUUGUAAUCGAUACGUACAGAGACCUGAAGGACCGGCAGCAGCUGAUGGUUUAUCGGUGUAAGGUGGAUCGCGGAUCUCUGGAGGAAGACAAAAUCGACCAGAUUCUCGGCAACACCACGUACAGAGACCUGAAGGACCGGCAGCAGCUGAUGGUUUAUCGGUGUAAGGUGGAUCGCGGAUCUCCGGAGGAAGACAAAAUCGACCAGAUUCUCGGCAACACCGAAGUAGCUCCUCCUCCCGGGGACGUAUGUUCAGUGCGUUGUCAGGGAGACGUUGCCGCCGUUGCUAUGGAAGCCGCGUGA